AUCAACAAGAGGGACUGAAAGACGGGCUGCGUACGGAGAGCUAACGAGCAUCCAUUCAGUACAAAACCAGUCCACGCUGCGAGAUCAAGCAACGACUCUGAAUACCAAAGGGAGGUUUAUGCGUUUAUGGAGCCUAAUGUUCAGUUUUGGCUGUGAAAGAGGCGGAUCUUUGGAGGUUUUCUGUAGAAGCUGUCAGCAGGUGGAAAUCGGAGGCAAAUCGCGGGGUCCAGAGCAACCUCAGUGUUAAUGAAACUUUGCUACGAUUUACGUGCAGGGAAUGCCGUUCACCAUGUUAAGGUAAAGCAGAGGAAUCCUGUGUUGAACAUGCUAAAGCGCUUGGACAAAAUCAGGUUCAGAGGUCAGAAGCGAGAUGAGUUCCUGGAUCUGGCCGAGUCCCCCAACGCGUCUGACAAUGAAUGUAGCGAUGAGAUCCUGGUGAAGCCUCGGGCCUCCCUCCGAGAGGCGGAAGACCUGCGAGACCCUGCUGGUCCAGGUGCUCUCAACAUGGCCGCUGCCAUUCAGGACUUCCAGCGGACGGAGUCGGAGAGGUUGAACGAGGUCAAAGGUCAUCUGGAAAUUGCCUUACUGGAGAAGCACUUCUUACAGGAAGAGUUGAGAAAACUGCGAGAGGAAACGAAUAUCGAAACGCUGAAACAGGAGCUGGAAAGAGAAAGGUCGAAACGAAUAGACCUGGAACAGAAAAUGAACGAAGUGCUCAAAACGAGACUGGAGGACUCGCCACCCCAGCCUCCUCCUAAACCACAGCCGCCUGCUGCAAAUGGGACAGAAAAACAGCGUGAGACGCUGUGUUCUCGCAUGCAGAAGUGGCUGUAUGACAAGUUCGGGGUUUACAUAGAGGACUUCCGCUUCCAGCCUGAGGAGAACACGGUGGAGACUGAGGAACCGCUAAGUGCUAAAAGGUUAACAGAAAACAUGAGACGACUCAAGCGAGGUGCCAAACCAGUCACAAACUUCUUAAGGAACCUUUCUGCCUUAUCGAACUGGCACUCGGUGUACACGUCAGCGAUCGCCUUCAUAAUCUACAUGAAUGCUGCAUGGCAUGGGUGGGCCAUCCCCCUGUUCCUGUUCCUGGCCAUUCUGAGGUUGUCCUUAAACUACCUCAUUGCAAGGGGCUGGAGGAUCCAGUGGAGCAUCGUGCCUGAAGUCUCCGAGCCUAUGGAACCACCAAAAGAAGACCUUACGGUUUCAGAGAAAUUCCAGUUAGUCCUUGAUGUUGCACAGAAAGCACAGAACCUCUUUGGUAAGAUGGCAGAUGUCUUAGAGAAAAUAAAGAACCUCUUCAUGUGGGUGCAGCCUGAGAUCACUCAGAAGCUGUACAUCGCUCUGUGGGUGGCCUUCAUCUCCUCCUGCGUCCUGCCCUACAAGCUCAUGGGCUUCAUAAUCGGGGUGUACGCCGGGAUAAAGUUCUUCAUCAUCGACUUCCUCUUCAAGAGCUGCCCGAAGCUGCGGGACAAGUACGACACGCCCUACAUCGUGUGGACCAGCCUGCCCACCGACCCGCAGCUGAAGGAGCGCUCCAACGCCACGCUAUCCCGACGGAUACAGCCCAUGGUGUCUCGCGGUAGCCUGGCAACCAGCGUGCCGUGUGGCAUUGGACGCGAGGAGGAGGGCGGCCGGACUCACAGCACCAAAAAGGGCCCGUUCCAUGAGGUGUUCAACCUGCCCGAGAGUGAGCGCCCCCUACCAGUGUGUGAGAAUGGAUGGAGGUGCUGCUUGAUAAACAGGGACAGGAAGAUGCCUACCGACUACAUCCGCAAUGGCAUGCUGUACGUCACAGAAAAUUACCUGUGUUUCGAGAGCUCCAGCUCAAGGUCCAGCUCCUCCAAAAAGAACAAAGUCAUCAAACUCAUCGACAUCACUGACAUUCAGAAGUAUAAAGUCCUGUCUGUAUUACCAGGAUCAGGGAUGGGAAUAUCAAUAGCCACACCCUCUACACAGAAGCCUCUAGUUUUUGGAGCCAUGAUCCACAGGGAUGAGGCCUUCGAAGCCAUCUUCACACAGUACAUGAAAAUAAUGACCACCACCAACCCUGAGACCUAACAGCGGAGGGAGCAGUCCCCCUGUGCUCUGUCAUGC